GUUAAAAGUUUGAUCCAUCAAAUUAAUCUUUUAUUUAACCAAGGAAAAUUUUCCAUCAUCAUCAUAAUAAUAUAUCAUUCAUCAUCAUCAUCAUCAUGGUAACCGGACAUUCAAACAUGAUAAGAUUAAUAUUGGAUGGAUUUAUGAUUGGACGAGAAAUUAUUGUUAUGGAAACCAAUCAUCCCUAUUUUCAAUACACAGACUCAUCCGAUGGUUAUAUGGAAUGGGUCAAUCCUUCAUUUCCAUCAUCAUUCUCGGCGCCUUGUCUAUCCGAUCACUCUUCUUCCUUACCAUCAUCAUCCAUGAAUAACUCGACAAUUACUCCAUAUCAGCAACAAUCUUUCGAUAAUUCCAAAAAUAUAUCAAUCCCACCUUCAUCAUCAUCAAUAAGAACAUCAUCUACUGGUACGAGCUGGCCAUCGACUAUUUUAGAGGAUUAUGCUUCCACAUUAGUAAUUCCACGUAGUUAUGUCAGUCUGAGCGAUGUCAAUGCAUUUGUGGCAAAAGCGGAUUCUAUUAAACAUUCUGCAUCUAUACAUCAAUCGAUCACUACAUUUAAUAAAGAAGACUAUCCGUCAUCACCCUCAUUAGCAUCACCAUCAUGGGACGACAUCAAUGCUAUGCCACCUUUACCUUUCCGAUCAUCAUCUCCAACAUCAUCAUCACCAUCACCAUCAUCCAUGUUAUAUCAAGACAAAUUGAUGAUCAAGAUCCCAAAACAUCACUCAACUCCAGCCAUCGCUACUUAUACAUCCUUAUCAUCACCCACGCUUAUGCCAUCCACAUCAUCAUCAUCAUCAUCAUCCUCUUCAUCUGGUGAUUCUUAUUCCGCUGAAGAGUCAGAUCAAGAUAUGCAAUAUGUACUAAAGAAAUCAAAUGACGGCUAUGAAAUGGACCUAGAAUAUGAUGAUGAUGAUGAUGAUGACGAAGAAGAGGAAGAAGAAGAAGAUGAUGAUGAAGAUGAAAAUAGUGAUGAUGAUUACGAAUAUAUCCGUCUUCCUGCUAUACCAACCUCCAUGAGAUCAUCCUCCACCUAUUUAUCCAAGUCAUUGAAUCGUCAUCGUGCCAUGAACAAGACCAAUAAUAAGCGUCAUCAUCAUAGUAGUAGUACCAAAGUAUUAAAAUCAAAAUCUUUUGUUGUGAAAAAAGGGCGUAAUGUCGAUAAGGCUUGCAAUCACUGUAAACGAUCGCAUUUACGAUGUGAUAAUAUGAGACCUUGUCAACGAUGUACUGCCACCGGUAAGUCAGGAUGUAAAGAUGUUCAACAUAAACCACGUGGUAGACCAAAACUUCAUAAAAAGUAG